AUGACAAAAUCAACUUAUAUUCUGAUCUAUUUUGUUCUUACUCUUCAACUUUAUCCAAGUAUUGUAUUUGGUCAACGUGAUUUUGCAAAUCCGGCAGUGACUGAUCCAGCUUCAUGUGCUUGUGAUCUUCGAGCGGAUUCUUGUGAUGCCAAUUGUUGCUGUGAUCAAGAUUGUAGCGAUGCUGAUAUAAGUGCAUCACCGUUAUGUCCAUCAGGACGGACUACAUCUUCGGAAAGUUUGGCACAACAAAACCUAAAUCUUCAAAAAUGGAAUUGCUCGAACUCAACCACUGCGGCUACAUUCGAUUAUUUUCCGUUUGUUUGUGUACAGUUCUCGCUAUCAGAAGUCAUUGGUUCGUUUCAUUCAACAAGCGAUGUCAAAUUUGUACAAAGUGCCGACGAUGCAACAAAUUUACGUUCUUCAUUUGUUGAUCAAUAUCCUGAAUUAUUUCAAGCUUCGACACUGACAGCUUCUGCAGCCACUGGAAGCUAUACUACAAAUGCACCUGUUCAACUGACAUCAGGGACAACAUUUACUCUACCUGGAAGUUUACUUGGCUUUACAUGCCAACAAAGUGUUUCUGUUUUAUUUGGAGUCAAUCGAGAUGUUUCAUGUACAUCCAAUUUAACUUUUUGUAGUAGUAUUAGUACACAAAAUACCCUUGUCGGGGAUGGCACUUCCAAUGCUACUGUGACGAUCAAGUUUUACACUAAAACUUAUAAUGCAAGUACAAUCACCACUCCGAGCUCCACUCAAGAGUAUUACUUUCAAAAUUCAUACACACAAAGUAUCAACGAUAUACCAUAUACAAAUGAUACGAUUUACGAUUAUUGUCCUGGCUUGUACCCAGCAAGUCGAACACAACGGUAUCUUUACGUUUGUACCACAUUAUCCUCAAGUUCAUGUCCGAAUUACGAGUCAUGGACAGGAUGUCCAUUGAGAGAUACUUUUCAGUACACUGCCAUCAAUGACAGUUUCUUUACCGCUCGAAAUUCAUCAACCGAUGGCUCGAUAAGUUUUUCGGAUUAUACUGCUGUAACAAGUUUAACUUGCUCGACUAAUAUUCGACAAAUCUAUUAUCAAUUUUCUUAUUCAUCAACUACUAAUACUAUAUCAGAAGUUAAUGCAUAUGUGCUGUUUGAUUCUCAGUCGACGACAUCACGAAUCGUAAUUGAAUGGAAUGAUAUAGGUAGCAAUACUAUAUCAUCAACAUCUAUUCCUCGUGGAUAUCUCAAGAACGAAGCUCUUCAGUUCCAACGUAAUGGUGCCACUUCCGACGUAUCUGCAUUGAUACCGAGUGCAAGUGGUUUAUGUGUUGAUGCAACUCGGCAAACUCUUCGCUAUAAAGAAAGUACGACCUCCUAUUGCUCGAUUCAAUUAGCACGUAGUACUAUCCAACAAGGAUGUCACAAUUUAAAACUUAAUCUCUAUAUUUAUUUGAAUGUAUUUUUUGCUCCGGCAUCACACGUUCUUGCUUACCCGAAUUCCAAUGCAACACCGAUUCAAAUCCGUGAUACGAACCAAGAUUUACUUGAUCUUGACACAAUCGAUGUUACACGUCCAAAUAAUCGAUUGACUGCGAAUCAGAUCACGCAGACAAGUCUACUAGAUUCGGCUUAUACAAUCUACGACACUACAUCAAAUCUUCCUAUUUGCUUUAAUGUACCAUCAGGAAUCUAUAUCGAAUUCGGCUAUGUUCGCAUCAAUGUCAGUUCAACAUUGUCAUACGAACGAAUUGUAUCUGUACAAUACAAUUAUACAUAUUCUAAUUGGCAAUUUGAUUGUGUGAGUGCAACUUGUGAUAGCGCAUCAACGCAACAAUAUAUUAUCUCAUUUCAAUCGCGCUUUGUUGAUUACACAAGUCGUUUAUCUCGUUCAAGUGACACAACGAAAGCAGAUAUAGAAGCAGCCGACAAUUACAUUGAAGAUUUACUUUGGCUUCUUACUUCGGGAUACCAAGGAGAACCAGGUUUUCGAAAUUAUACCAUAGCAAUGGUUCUUAUCUUUAUAGGCAUUUGUGUAAUUGUUAUGCAUGUUUUACUCUUCGGAAUCAUGUUGCCAUUUUAA